UCAGCUCGGAACGCUGGGACGUGUGACGUCACAUCCGCCGGCCGGCCAUCUUGUUCCCAGGGGCAGUUGGCGGAAGAGAUCGCGCUCCCUGGCCGCCGGCUUGCCUCCUGCCUGGAGUUCUUGCGACCCGCGUUUCCGCGUCUGUUCUCUGCGCGGCGUCCAUCUGUCAGCGACCCCUGGCUCUCUCUCACCUGGCAGGGGCACAGCGGGGCGGCCCCCUCUCCUGACGGCGUUCCAUGGAGUAGGGUCCCGGACCGUUGUCCCGGAGAGCGAGAUCGAGCUUGGCCCCCUCCCCCCUCCCUUCUCCCUCCCUCCUUCCUUCCGCUGCAACAUGGCUAACAACAGCCCCGCGCUGACAGGCAACUCGCAGCCGCAGCACCAGGCGGCCGCGGGGCGGCGGCGCCACCAAGCCGGCGGGCUCGGGGAAGCAGGGCAAUGUGCUGCCGCUUUGGGGCAACGAGAAGACCAUGAACCUCAACCCCAUGAUCCUGACCAAUAUCCUGUCGUCGCCUUACUUCAAAGUGCAGCUCUACGAGCUCAAGACCUACCACGAGGUGGUGGACGAGAUCUACUUUAAGGUUACACAUGUUGAACCAUGGGAGAAGGGAAGCAGGAAAACAGCAGGCCAGACAGGGAUGUGCGGAGGGGUCCGAGGUGUUGGAACAGGAGGAAUUGUUUCCACAGCUUUUUGCCUGUUGUACAAAUUAUUUACUCUGAAAUUAACUCGCAAGCAAGUGAUGGGUCUCAUAACGCACACAGAUUCUCCAUAUAUUAGAGCUCUUGGAUUUAUGUAUAUAAGGUAUACACAGCCCCCAACAGAUCUGUGGGACUGGUUUGAAUCCUUCCUUGAUGAUGAAGAGGACCUAGAUGUGAAGGCUGGUGGAGGCUGUGUAAUGACCAUUGGAGAAAUGCUGCGGUCUUUUCUCACAAAACUGGAGUGGUUUUCUACCUUAUUUCCAAGAAUUCCAGUUCCAGUUCAAAAGAAUAUUGAUCAACAAAUUAAAACCCGACCUAGAAAAAUCAAGAAAGAUGGAAAGGAAGGUGCCGAGGAAAUAGACAGACAUGUUGAACGCAGACGUUCCAGGUCUCCAAGGAGAUCACUUAGUCCACGGAGGUCCCCAAGAAGAUCAAGAAGCAGAAGUCAUCAUCGGGAGGGCCAUGGGUCUUCUAGUUUUGACAGAGAAUUAGAGAGAGAAAAAGAACGCCAGCGACUAGAACGUGAAGCCAAAGAAAGGGAAAAAGAAAGGCGAAGAUCUCGAAGUAUUGAUCGGGGAUUAGAACGCAGGCAUAGCAAAAAAAAAAUAGAAGUCGUAGUCGAAGUCGUGAUAGGAAAGGGGAUAGAAGGGACAGGGAUCGGGAAAGAGAGAAAGAAAAUGAGAGAGGUAGAAGACGAGAUCGUGAUUAUGAUAAGGAAAGAGGUAAUGACCGAGAAAAGGAGAGAGAACGAUCAAGAGAACGGUCCAAGGAACAGAGAAGUAGGGGCGAAUAGAAGUGGCAGUCAAGGAAGAACUGACAGUGUUGAAAAAUCAAAAAAACGGGAACAUAGCCCCAGCAAAGAAAAAUCUAGGAAGCGUAGUGGAAGCAAAGAACGUUCCCACAAACGAGAUCAUGGUGAUAGCAAGGACCAGUCAGACAAACACGAUCGUCGAAGGAGCCAAAGUAUAGAACAAGAGAGCCAAGAAAAACACAAAAACAAAGAUGAGACUGUGUGA